GGCCCAUGACCGCCGCAGUCCGCCGCCACCCCCGCACCGCAAAAUCAUCCCCUCGGUCGUCCCUCUCCAGCGGCGAUGCUCGCCGGACCCAAUCGCGCCCCACCCCCCGCCGCCGCCGCCGCCGCCGCCGCCGACGACGACGAACCUAAAUGAGGAAGUAUCCUCACCCUUCUCCACUUCUCAUGGUUCCUCUCCCCAAUGCCCCCUCUCUCCCCUCCCAAGCCUCUCAGCCGCUUCCUGUCCCGUCCAAACCCGAGAAAACGACCCGCCCACGACCCGGGCCUUCCCUGCCUCGCCCGCCCCCUCCUUGACCUCUGCUCUCGAGGCCGACUCGCCGACGCCGACGCCGUCGGCUCCCUCCGCCGGCUGGCCCUCGGAGGCGUUCGCUUGCCCUCCCAAGUCCUCGCCCGCUUGAUCCGCCAAUGCGGCGCCGCCGGGUCCCUCAAGCAAGGGAAGCACGUGCACCUGCACCUGAAGCUCACUGGGCUGAAGCGGCCCGGCACGUUCUUGGCCAACCGUCUGAUCGAAAUGUACUUCAGAUGCAAUGACGAGGUGGCUGCGCGCAAGGUGUUCGACGAAAUGCCGGCGAGGAACGUGUACUCGUGGAACAACAUGCUCUCUGGGUAUGCCCGGUUGGGUAGGAUGAACUCGGCGAGGAGGCUGUUUGAGAAAAUGCCGGAGAGGGAUGUCGUGUCGUGGAAUACCAUGGUGAUGGGGUAUGUGCGGUGUGGUUGUUGUGAUGAGGCAGUGAGGCUUUAUAGAGAGUUGAGGAGGUCGGGGAUCGAGUGCAGCGAGUUUAGUUUUGCAGGCAUUUUGACUCUUUGUGUGAAGUUGAAAGAUUUGUGCCUUAGCAAGCAGAUUCAUGGGCAGGUCUUGGUUUCUGGCUACUCAUCCAAUGCGGUUAUCGUGAGCACUGUAGUCGAUGCGUAUGCAAAGUGCGGGGAGAUGAGUGACGCACGGAGAGCAUUUGAUGGCAUGCGAGUGAAAGAUAUUCUUGCUUGGACCACAUUGGUCUCUGGAUAUGCCAAAUGGGGCGACAUGGAGGCUGCUAUGGGAAUAUUUGAUCAGAUGCCUGAAAAGAACGCAGUUUCUUGGACUGCUUUAAUUGCUGGAUAUGCUAGAAAUGGUUUGGGUGAUAUCGCGCUUAAGUCAUUUUCAGAAAUGAUGAGACUUCACCUUAAACCUGACCAAUUCACUUUCAGUAGCAGCCUGUGUGCUUGUGCUAGCAUGGCCUCAUUGAACCAGGGUAAACAAAUCCAUGGCUUCUUAAUAAGGACUUACUUUAAGCCCAAUACAAUAGUUGUCUGUUCUCUCAUUGACAUGUAUUCUAAAUGUGGUCUUCUGAGUUCUGCUAGGCUGGUUUUUGAUCUUGUGGGAGAUAAGAAUAAUGUGGUUUUGUGGAACACAAUGAUAUCUGCCUUAGCGCAGCAUGGCCAGGGUAAAGGUGCGAUAGAGAUGUUUGAUGACAUGAUCAGGUUGGGCAUUAAGCCAGAUAAGAUCACUUUACUUGUCAUUGUCAAUGCUUGCAGUCAUUCCGGUCUUCCAAAGGAAGGACUGCAGUUGUUUGAUUCCAUCACACACGAUCAUGGAAUUUCUCCAGAUCAGGAACAUUAUGCAUGCAUGAUUGAUCUCUUGGGGCGAGCUGGUCUGUUCGACGAGGUAAUUAACCGCAUCCGUAUGAUGCCUUUUCCACCGGAUGAGCAGAUAUGGAAUGCCUUGCUCUGUGUGUGUAAGAUACACUGCAAUUUGGCUUUAGGAAAAGAAGCAGCCGAACACCUGCUUGAGCUGCAACCGAGCUCUCCUGAAGCUUACAUAUUUCUUUCAAGCGUCUAUGCAUCACUUGGGAAGUGGAAAUUGGUAGAGGAAGUUAGAAAACUUAUGCAUGAUAGAUGUGUAACGAAAGAUCAAGCUGUCAGUUGGAUAGAAACUGACAGUAAGGUGCAUUCUUUCUCCAUUGCAGAUGACUCGCAUCCUUCAAAAGAAGAAAUAUGUUCGAUGUUGGAUCAGAUUGCUAUCCAGAUGGAAGAAAACAAGUUACGACUCGAUACUCAAUAGUCACCGUAUGUAACCUCAAUUCUCAGACAUCUCGGAGUCAAUCAGGGAAGAUGAUACUUUGGUUGGAAAGAUCAACCUGCAAAUUUUGUUCUCUUGAGCUAGGUCAGGGAAGAUCAUAAUCUGGUUGGAGAUUAUCAACCUGUAAAUUUUGUGCUCGACUUAGGUGAAGGCCUACAACACCAACAUCAAUUCUUUUGAUGCUAAAGAGCUAGAUAGUUUCGAGUAAACUUGUAGUAUCAACAAAGUUUUGACCGGCUGCUGAAGACUUUUGUGCUUCAGGUCAUCUUCAUUUACCUCCCUUUGUUAUUGUACUUCAAAUUAGAAAUGACAAGAUUUUCUGGGUUUAUUUUUGAGAA